AUGGAUGCCUACCAAAGCUACCAUCAAAUCUUCAUGGCAAAGGAGGAUGCAGAAAAAACAGCUUUUGUAACGGAGAAGGGAGUCUAUUGUUAUAACGUUAUGCCAUUUGGUCUGAAGAACGCUGGAGUGACGUAUCAAAGGUUAGUCAACAAAAUGUUUAAGGACCAAAUUGGGAACAUAAUGGAGGUUUAUCUUGAUGACAUGUUGGUGAAAAGAAUAUUUUUACAAGGACCUGAUGGUGUUGAGAUCGAGAUCGAGAUCGCAGUAAGGUUAUCCUUUCCUGCAACCAAUAAUGAAGCAGAGCACGAGGCGCUUAUUCAAGACCUUCAGACAACAUUUGAUGGGGGAGUAAAACAGUUAGAUGUUUAUACAGAUUCGCAGCUGGUGGCGGCGCAAGUACAGGGAUCUUAUGAGACACGUGAGUGGACUAUGACACAGUACUUGGCUAAGGUGAAAAAGUUAAUGGAAAAAUUUGAUAGAUGCGCAGUCCACUAG